GUGGACACAGCGCCGGACCGCGGGGGCCGCUAAUUGCCCGGCCCGUCCCUCAUUUACAUAGGGAGCGUGCACGCUGGAGAGCGGCCAGUCGCCCCCCCCCCAACACACACCCCCCCACCAACCCGUCGCCAUGCAUUAUUCACCAUCAUAAUUAUAAACCGACAUGCGCAGUCCGAGCGGCGGCAACUCCGGCUGAUCUCCCCCCUCAUUUCUGCGAGUGGACUGUUUGCGAACAUUUUUGCGUGUUUUGAGCUCCCUCGCGCACCCGCCCCCCCUCGGCCACACACCCCCCAGCGGCGUGCGCGUGGCUGGAUGCGCGCGGAGCCGGAGCGCCAUGUCCCGCCGCAAGCAAGCGAAGCCGCAGCCGCUGCGCUCGGACCGGGAGCCGGAGCCCGGAGCGCUGCUGUCCCAGCACGCUUCGGGGGAGGGAGCGGAUGACGCGGACAGCGGGAACGAGAGCCGCAGUGGCAGCGAGGAGACGCAUGUGUGCGACAAGUGCUGCGCCGAGUUCUUCAAGUGGUCAGACUUCUGCGAGCAUCUGAAAAGCUGCACCAAGAACCCACUGGUGCUCAUUGUCAAUGAGGACGGCCCUGCGCCCGACCCUGAGGACUUCCCAGCUGAGCAGUCCCCGGCCGGCAGCUGCCACAGUGACCCAGCAGACAGUGAGGACGUGGAGGAUGGCCCGGUGCUGGUGGAGGGUGACGAUGCGGCCGAGGCAGUGGCGCUAAAGGCUGGCGCCGAGAAGGACGACGAGUCUAUGGAAGUGGAGCGAGUCCCUGAGAAGCAGGCUGAUCUGGAAGAGCCUGCUGGCUCUCCAGAGCCCAGUGCCCCGUUGCCUCAGAUCGAGACCCCGUCAGCUGUGACUGGGUACAGCUUGCCAAACACCAAUGUGACCCUAGAGACUCUUCACAGCACUAGAGUGGCCGUCGCUCAGUUCUCGCAGAGCUUCCGUGCGGGACCUGGCGCUGUGUCCACUGUGGCCAUCCCCAUGAUCCUGGACCAGCUGAUGGCGCUGCAGCAGCAACAGAUCCACCAGCUACAGCUGAUUGAGCAAAUCAGGAGUCAGGUGGCCAUGAUGAACAGGCAGCCAAUGCAACCAACGCUGAACCCCGUCGGUGUGCCUCAAGGUCCAUCCUCGGUAGCCACUUCCGGUCAGCUCCACCUACAGGGUUUCAUUGUCCCUCCUGUCCACCAGCUGCCCAUUAGAGUGCCCUCGGCUACGAACGGACAGGCUUCCAUGUCUCUGGCAUCGGCUCUGGAGGGACCCAGUCACUUGUUCUCAGUCUGGAUCCGUGCCCUCGUCCCAGGAAUUACCAACAGUACUUCAGCUUCAGCCGCCUCCAACCUUCCUGCUUCCAGCUGCAGCUCAGUGUCUUCUUUACUGCCACCCUCCUGCAUGGCCCCAAACAGCGGCGGGAAUGGCGGCCAGACACGAAACACCUCAAGCCCUCCCCCGCUAGGUCCUAGCAGCCUUCUUAGUCCAUCCUCCAGCCUUCCGCUGCUACCUCAGAGCUCCUCGAGCACUGUCAUCUUCCCUAACCCGUUGGCCAGUAUCGCUGCCACAGCCAACGCGCUGGACCCUCUCGCUGCCCUGAUGAAGCACCGCAAGGGGAAGCCGCCCAAUGUUUCCGUGUUUGACACCAAGCCCAGUUCGGAGGAUCCCUUCUUCAAGCAUAAGUGCAGGUUCUGUGCCAAGGUGUUUGGCAGCGAUAGCGCCCUACAGAUCCACCUGCGCUCGCACACGGGUGAGAGACCAUUCAAAUGCAACAUUUGUGGCAACCGCUUCUCCACCAAGGGAAACCUGAAGGUUCACUUCCAGAGGCACAAAGAGAAGUACCCUCACAUCCAGAUGAACCCGUACCCGGUUCCGGAAUACCUCGACAAUGUGCCCACUAGCUCUGGAAUCCCGUACGGAAUGUCUCUGCCUCCAGAAAAACCGGUCACAACGUGGCUGGACAGCAAGCCAGUUCUACCCACAAUUCCCACAUCGGUGGGCCUGCAGCUUCCUCCGACCUUACCUAGCAUGGGGGGCUAUAAUGAUUCUCCGAGUCUGACUCCUUUGAGCAGAUCGCCGCAGAGACCAUCCCCACCUUCAAGUGAGUGUGCGUCUUUAUCACCCAAUCUGCUGGGCAGUGAUACCAGCACUCAGGCCACGUUAGAAUCCAACCAGCCCAACCUGGGGGCCGAUGCUCCCCCAGUCCUCAAACCGGAGGGGGUCCUUCUCCCGCCAAACUGCACAAGCCGUCCGGGAGACAGCUCCACUGCGGUGACACAAGUGGUCCUCUCAUCCACCGUCACUACAACUACCGCCACGACCACGCAGGCGAGCGAACCUGCAACUCCCCCGUCCAUGGUGUCCAGCUCUGCACUCCCGCUGAUGUCCGAUCAGUUCAAAGCGAAAUUCCCAUUCGGUGGCCUCCUGGAUUCCAUGCAAACCUCUGAGACCUCGAAGCUCCAACAGCUGGUGGAGAACAUUGACAAAAAAAUGACGGAUCCAAACCAGUGCGUGAUUUGCCAUCGUGUGCUCAGCUGUCAGAGUGCUCUGAAGAUGCACUACCGCAUCCACACUGGUGAGAGGCCUUUCAAGUGCAAGAUAUGCGGCCGGGCAUUCACAACUAAAGGGAACCUCAAGACACACUUUGGGGUCCACAGGUCUAAACCACCGCUUCGAGUUCAGCACUCAUGCCCCAUUUGCCAGAAGAAGUUCACUAACGCCGUGGUCUUGCAGCAGCACAUCCGUAUGCACAUGGGUGGCCAGAUCCCAAACACCCCCUUGCCUGAUGGACUCCAGGACAUGGACACUGACCUCUCUUUUGAUGAGAAGAGUUUGGAUGCCAUGAGCAACUAUGACGAUGAACUGAUGGACGAAAUGGAGCAAUCAAUGGAGGAGGAUGCUGACCUCAAGGAAGGGGAGCUCGAUCCAUCUAAGCCCCUGAUCCCAUACUCUGGCAUGUCCCCCUGCUCACCCCCCUCAGUCAUCUCCAGCAUCGCAGCCCUAGAGAACCAGAUGAAGAUGAUUGACUCCACGGUGAACAUGACCCACUCUUUCGGCCUUAAGUCAACACAGAACGGGUUCUUGGAGAGUGACCGCUUGACCAAUGACUCGUCUUCAGCAGUAGGGGAUCUGGAGAGCCAGAGUGUGGGAAGCCCAGCCCUAUCAGAGUCCUCCAACUCAAUGCAUGCACUCUCCCCGGCACACAGCCACUCUGAGAGCCUCCGAUCCAAGUCCCCGGGGGGGAACAACACGGAAGAAAUGCAAGAAUCAAUGGCAACCGUAGUGAAGUCCGAAAAAUCGGGAACCCCAUCACCGACACCACUAUCCGAAAACAGCGGGGCGCUUGACUUGACGGCAGCCCAGCCUGGGAGACCCUUCAUCAAGGAGGAGAGCCAAUUUGGGAUGCUGUUCCUGAGUCGAGAGCGUGGUGUGACCCAAAACUCGUCAAGCCUGGUUACCACGGCUCCCAGCGCCAUCAAGAUGGAAGUGAACGGACACAGUAAGUCAAACUCGGUGAGCGACGGCCCACACCUGGCCCUCAGCAUCCCCGCCCCCGUUGCCCCCCAGUCGGCAGUGAGCCCUGGCCUCGCACCCAUGCUGGCUCCGCCACCACCACGCCACCCCAAACAGCACAACUGUCACUCAUGCGGGAAGAACUUCUCCUCAGCCAGUGCCCUGCAGAUCCAUGAGCGUACACACACGGGAGAGAAACCCUUCGGGUGCAGCAUCUGCGGUCGUGCAUUCACCACUAAAGGAAACCUAAAGGUUCACAUGGGCACCCACAUGUGGAACAAUGCUCCGGCCAGGAGGGGGCGACGUCUCUCGGUGGAGAACCCCAUGGCCCUGCUGGGUGGCGACGCUGUCAAGUUUAGCGAAAUGUUCCAGAAGGACCUGGCCGCACGUGCCAUGAACGUGGAUCCGGGCUUCUGGAACCAGUAUGCCGCCGCCAUCUCCAACGGCCUGGCGCUCAAGAACAACGAGAUCUCGGUCAUCCAGAAUGGCGGCGUUCCCCCCCAGCUCCCCGUGAGCCUCGGCGGUGGUGGACUCCCGCCCUUGGGCGGGCUGUCCGGGGCCAUGGACAGGCCACGCGCUGGUGGUAGCCCGCCAAUGACCAGCCUGGAGAAGACGGGCAUGGAUGUGGGAGUGGGCCGCCCCUUCUCCAGGUUCAUCGAGGACAACAAAGAGAUCGGAAUCAAUUAA